ACUGGUUGGUGUUACCGUCAUUUGUCCAGGUGGAAUGUAUAUAUAUUAACAGUAUGAAGAAACGUUUGCUGCACUGGCAAAGACUCCUGUUCCUAACACUUUUGGUGUUUUACAUCAGUCUGGUGCUCUUUUCUUUGUUCAACUAUCGCAGCCACUGUACAUACACAAGCCCGGAGUCAUUAGUACGCACACACAUACUUAAUCCUCUCAAAGCAGCACAUAUCUGUCCAAUCGACUUUGACAGCCUCGAUGUAGUGAAGUUAGAUAUUUUCUCUGAACCAUCGUUUGAUCUGAUCAAGCAGAGAAAUCCACAUGUUUCCCUGGGUGGACAAUGGAAACCUGAGGGCUGUACAUCAUUUCAGAAAGUUGCGAUCAUAAUUCCCUACAGAAACCGUCUCCAUCACCUCAAGAUCAUGCUCAACAGGAUACAUCCUUUACUGAGGAAACAGAACAUCGACUACCAAGUAUUUUUAUUAGAGCAGGCAGGAGAUGACAGGUUUAAUCGAGGAAAGCUAAUGAAUGUUGGAUUCAGAGAAGCAAUGAAGAUUGGAAAAUUUGAUUGCUUUAUUUUCCAUGACGUGGAUCUUCUCCCAGAAAAUGACAAAAAUCUCUACAUGUGUGAUGAUCACCUUCGUCAGCUGUCGUCUGCUAUUGAUGAAACUAGAUAUCAUGUUAUGUAUUUUAACUAUGCCGGGGGAGUGAUUGCUAUGAAGGCAGACAGCUUCCAAAAAAUUAAUGGCUACCCAAACUCUUACUGGGGCUGGGGAAAUGAAGACGAUGACAUCUCAGCACGAACACAAGAAGCAGGACUGUUGAUCACACGACCUCCAGAAUACAUUGGCAUGUUCAAGAUGGUGCGCCAUGUGAAGGAGACAAGAUCUGACAAUGGUUAUGAUGCCUUCCUGGGAUGGCGGGGUAGAUGGAUGAACGAUGGCUUAAAUACACCAUCCACGAUGAAUUACACUGUGAAACAGCUGACAGAACAUCCCCUAUACACAAAUAUCACGGUCGAUAUUGGCCCUUCAGCAGGACACAGAAUAGAUGUCUCCAAGGAUACCACACACGAAUCCUUUUGGUGGUUUCUGAAAUUCUACUUUCCAUAGAAGAUGAUGCAGAAUGCUAUAAAAACACCUGAACGCUUUCGCCCAAUGAUUAAAUGUUUCGUCAUGUUAGACUGGACACUAAGGGAUGAUAUCUGGAUAAUAACAAAUUUUAUGUGGAGGUGGUUGAAGUCUAAUUUGUAUAAGGAUGUGAUGAAAGUCUGUAACUUGUAUAAGGAUGUGAUGAAAGUCACAAUUUGUAUAAGGAUGUGAUGAUGUCUAUAAUUUAUAUAAGGAUGUGAUGAAAGUCUGUAACUUGUAUAAGGAUGUGAUGAAAGUCACAAAUUGGAUAAGGAUGUGAUGAUGUCUAUAAUUUAUAUAAGGAUGUGAUGAAAGUCUGUAAUUUGUAUAAGAAUGUGAUGAAAGUCUGUAAUUUGUAUAAGGAUGUGAUGAAAGUCUGUAAUUUGUAUAAGGAUGUGAUGACAGUCACAAUUUGUAUAAGGAUGUGCUGAAAGUCACAAUUUGUAUAAGGAUGUGAUGAUGUCUAUAAUUUAUAUAAGGAUGUGAUGAAAGUCUGUAAUUUGUAUAAGAAUGUGAUGAAAGUCUGUAAAUUGUAUAAGAAUGUGAUGAUGUCUAUAAUUUAUAUAAGGAUGUGAUGAAUGUCACAAUUUGUAUAAGGAUGUGCUGAAAGUCUGUAAUUUGUGUAAGGAUGUGAUGAAAGUCUGUAAUUUGUAUAAGGAUGUGAUGAAAGUCACAAUUUGUAUAAGGAUGUGAUGAAAGUCACAAUUUGUAUAAGGAUGUGAUGAAAGUCACAAUUUGUAUAAGGAUGUGAUGAAAGUCACAAUUUAUAUAAGGAUGUGAUGAAAGUGUGUAAUUUGUAUAAGAAUGUGAUGAAAGUCUGUAAUUUGUAUAAGGAUGUGAUGAAUGUCACAAUUUGUAUAAGGAUGUGCUGAAAGUCUGUAAUUUGUAUAAGGAUGUGAUGAAAGUCUGUAAUUUGUAUAAGGAUGUGAUGAAAGUCUGUAAUUUAUAUAAAGAUGUGAUGAAAGUCUGUAAUUUAUAUAAGGAUGUGAUGAAAGUCACAAUUUGUAUAAGAAUGUGAUGAAAGUCACAAUUUGUAUAAGGAUGUGAUGAAAGUCACAAUUUGUAUAAGGAUGUGAUGAAAGUCUAAUUUGUAUAAGGAUGUGAUGAUGUCUAUAAUUUAUAUAAGGAUGUGAUGAAAGUCUGUAAUUUGUAUAAGGAUGUGAUGAAAGUCUGUAAUUUGUAUAAGGAUGUGAUGAAUGUCACAAUUUGUAUAAGGAUGUGAUGAAAGUCUGUAAUUUGUAUAAGGAUGUGAUGAAAGUCUGUAAUUUGUAUAAGGAUGUGAUGAAAGUCACAAUUUGUAUAAGGAUGUGAUGAUGUCUAUAAUUUAUAUAAGGAUGUGAUGAAAGUCUGUAAUUUGUAUAAGGAUGUGAUGAAAGUCACAAUUUGAAUAAGGAUGUGAUGAAAGUCACAAUUUGUAUAAGGAUGUGAUGAAAGUCUGUAAUUUAUAGAAGGAUGUGAUGAAAGUCUGUAAUUUAUAUAAGGAUGUGAUGAAUGUCACAAUUUGUAUAAGGAUGUGAUGAAAGUCUGUAAAUUGUAUAAGGAUGUGAUGAUGUCUAUAAUUUGUAUAAGGAUGUGAUGAUAUCUAUAAUUUGUAUAAGGAUGUGAUGAUGUCUAUAAUUUUUAUAAGGAUGUGAUGAAAGUCUGCAAUUUGUAUAAGGAUGUGAUGAUGUCUAUAAUUUGUGUAAGGAUGUGAUGAUGUCUAUAAUUUGUAUUAGGAUGUGGUGAAAGUCUGUAAUUUGUAUAAUGACAUGAUGAAUGUCUAUAAUUGGUAUGAGGAUGUGGUGAAAGUUCUUUUUAUUAUACAGGAGUACUUACAUUUAUCAAAAUCUAAGAAAUUUUGGUUUAAAAUAUCUGAAUAAUUUUAGAUUUUAGAUUAGUUUUUAAAAUCAUCCAUAUAACUUAAAAUACAUAUCAAAUCC